AAUCUCAAUAAAUAUCCCCCUCCAUCACAUUAAACUCAAACUUCUCUGUUUUUUAAGUCCAGUCUUAGACCAGUUCCAAGAUGGAGAAGGAAACAGAGGAAUCACUACCACAAAUUCCAGAUGAUGUCAUCAACAAGCAUAUAUUGGCAAAACUUCCCAUAAAACCCCUUAUGUGUUUCAAAUAUGUUUCACGUUCAUGGCGCUCUACAAUUUCUACCCUUGAAUUCAGAAAACCUCACCUCGAAUCAUUCACCCCUCCAUCCCCUCAAUGUCUCCUUUUUUCAGGUAAUGAUGGUGAUCAUCCUCUCUUCACGUCGGCAACAUUCGACGAAGACGGUGGGGUUUCUGAGAUUGUGAAAUUGGGAUUCAAAUUUGACGGUGGAAGUAUUCAUGUGGGGAUGGGGCUUGAGAAGAGGCACAAGAACUUUCCCUCAAGACUCCUCCAAAUCUCCAAUUGACGAUAUUGAAAUGGAAGGAUUGAGAGAUGGUGUCCAUAUUCCGUUUUAUGAGGCCUUGUACGUGGUGGGGGUGACUAUGUUAUUAUUUGUGGGUGUAACGCCUUAAUUUCUAGGUCUUUGUAAUGUAGUUAUGUAGUGGAAGACCAUUUGAGACACAAGGGGUUCCGUAGUAUUUCAUUGGACGGGUAAGGGAAGAUGUCACCCAUCCUUUAAUCCACCAGCUUAGGCAAAGAAGCACAGGGUUCGGUAGGUGGCUCCGUCCCUUAACAUUCGUCCGCUUUCUU